AUGGCCUUUUUCAAACAGUUGCGUCGUCGCUCAAAGGCGAGUUUUCAUACCGAUUCAAAAACAGCUGCCGCAAAGGUGGAAAUGGUCGGCAAAUCUUCGUCCACGAUCGACACCUCUUCCCACAGCUCCAUAACUCCGCCAUCGUCGAUCAAACCGACCCUCUCCUCCCCCAAUCUUCCUUCCUUGACCGAACUGAAUGGCAAUGCCUCGCCUCUACCCCCGCCCCCGCAGCGCCCGGGGCCGUUGGGGUCGCGCUCGCAACGAAAUAGCAUGGUGGGAAGCUCCUCGUCAUCCAUAAAUGGAGUCUAUCGAACUCCUUCCAGCUCGCCAUAUGCGCCAAGGAUUGUGUCAAUCGCCGAUAAUUCUUGGGUCCACCAAAAAGUCCUACUCGUCUAUGGCCAGAUUGGAGACCCACGGAAUCACCCGCUGGACGGAAACAUCACGGUCUUCCAUCACCAAGAUAACUUCCCAUCGACUGGCUGGCCCGUCACAGAAUCUCACUUCAAAGCCUUAGUCCACCUGGUGCCCGGUCCCAAUCGCCUUCGCUUCGAUUUCAUCUCCCCCAAACUCUCCUCCGGCAGCACCCACCCCGCGAUUCACUCCCAAUGGAUUUGCAUCAACUACCUUCCCCUGGUCAACACACCACCGUUGCAGCUAGUCGUUUUACUCGGAAAGGAUUCAGAGGGCACUUACGAUGCCGUACCAGAGCGGGUGGAGCGAGAGGGCAAUGACUUGGACAUGGCAAUUCGAAAAUACCGAACGGCGGCGUACCUAUGGCAGGCCUUUACCGGGGAGCAGAUGUUCCGCAACAACCUUGGACGACGCUGCUUCCGCUUCGAGGAGGAGUGGCAGUCUGGGACCCUGAGCCGUCGCGAUAUAGCGGCCGGACAGAUGCGCAACGAAGCCAAGAUUCACGUUGUUCGCACUGAUAAGACAGUAGCAGAGCUCCGGGACCUCAACAUCGCCCAACAAAACAAAAAUGCGCAGAAGAAAGACGAGUUGUUCGCGAUCGCAAAGGAAGCUGUGCGAAAGCAUUUCAACACUCGACCCGGCCAGAAGCAAUACGUCUCGGUAUUGCUGCUCGACUCGCACUGGGAGAAGGAGCAACAAAUAAUCACAGGCCACGCCGCAUUAGGCUCCGGCGGUGACGAUAUCAAAAUGGCCAUCUUUGGAUCCCACAGUCUGCAAACCUACCCAUCGUGCUUGGAAGAAGUUGUGGACGCCUUUUCCGACUGCACACGGACGGAUACGGAGUUCGUCGCCAACGACAACGGCGAAGCGGGAUCAAAUUGGGAAUCUGCGAACAUCGGCAUUGGCGCUCAUCUACAUGAGGUGGGACACCUCUUUGGAUGCCCCCAUCAGGAGUCUGGCGUUAUGCUCCGCGAUUACGUACAGUUUAAUCGCUCCUUUUUGACCAAGGAGCCAUUUUGCACUCGUACCAAGGCUCAGGGCCUGAAGGUGUGUCUACCUAAUGACGAGUGUGGAUGGCAUCGGUUGGACGCCCUCCGUUUCAGGUUUCAUCCCUGUUUCCGACUGCCAAGUGAUGCGACGGUAAGCUCAGACGACAGUGUCCAAGUCUGGCCCGUGGAAAAUAGUAAGAUUCUGUUCACUGCGUCAUCUGGCGUCGCUUUUAUUGAGCUAUACAAGGAGGGCGAUGAAUUCUGCCACACCUCUAUCGAAUAUCUGAACAGCGAUUCUAGCAGCAAUGGUCUUCCGAAACAAAUUACUCUCACCGAAAGCGAGCUUCGCCUGAAACUCUUUGGCACUGAGAAAGAGAAGAAAAAGAAGAUGAAAGUCAUUGUCUACUCCGGCGCCCUGGGCAGUUACACCGUUGAGGAUGUCGGAGCUUUGAAAUCGAAGAGCUCUUUGGUCAAGCUCCCCAAGAGUCAGACAGGCUACAAGAGUGGAAUUUUAGGUUUCUCCUCGAUGGACGGCAGUGAACCUCAGCAACUGCUUCUGGAAUGUGCCUUUAUUGCGACCAAGCUCUUGACCUCUAUCAAAGUGUACCAUGGAAGCGCUUUAGAUGGCAUCGAGUUUUGUUAUGAGGAUAUGACCACUCAGCUGUUUGGCAAACGCGGCGGAAAAGCUGGCGGCGAUGAAUUUGUCCUCGACACUCGGCGUGGGGAGAUUUUACUUGGAUUCUACGUCCGAGCUGGCCUCUGGAUUGAUGGAAUUGAGAUUCUCACGAGCCUGGGAAGAAAAUCCAGCUUCUAUGGCAACCCUAAUGGAGGAUCAGGGCACACCUUAAUCCCACCUCUAGGCUAUAAGAUUGCCGGUAUCUCAGGAUCCUGUGGAUCCUGGGUUGAUGGUUUCUCACUGAUCGUCCAACAUUGA